GUACACUUGAUUUAGGUUUAUUUUUAAAAAUAGUGUUACGAUCAGCGGAAAGAACACGAUAAGGUUGAUUUGGAGAAUUACUUAGUAUUCACAGGAAAUUUUUUUAGAGGAAGUUUUUAUGCGUAUACCAGAGGCCGCAUUCUAAGAAUUAUAUAUAUUCAUCGUCAGUUUAAAUCAGUAGAAUUCUAUACGAAUUUAUAAAUCCCUAAAAACAACAACAACAACAAAUAGUAUUUUAAACACUGCCUAGGCUUAUCUAAUAACCAAUAUACUUAUUUACAAGACUUUUAGUAUAACCAUGUUAAUUACUUAAUCAAAAUGGGUCUUGAAAUGAUUUUGUAUUUAUUGUUUUACAUUAAAGUACGGGUAUAGCGCAGUAUUUAAAUGUUUAUGACGUGUAGUUAACUUCAUAUAUACCACGUGAUUGAUCAAACCGAAAGUAGAAAUUUAGAAUGCGAACGAAAAUAUGUGCGAGUCGGAGAAGGAAAGGAAAUCGAAAGCUAGUCACAUGUUAGUAGCUGCAAUAGAUUUUGGCACAACAUACUCCGGUUAUGCCUAUUCAUUCAAAGACAAAUGGGCGACGGUUCGGACUAACAAAUGGGAGGGCGGAGAACAAAUUUCGUACAAAGCCCCAACAGCUUUGUUACUGAAUCCUGACCAAUCCUUCAAGGCUUUUGGGUUUGAAGCAGAAUCGUUCUACGCCAAUCUAACAUCAGACGAUAGCGAAACCUGUAAGGAGUACUACUUUUUCAAAAGAUUCAAGUUGAUCCUCAAAACAGAAUUAGAAGAGCGAGUUCAUAGAAAAACCCAGUGUGUGGACAUAAGUGGAAGAAGUGUGGAUGCUGCGUCAGUUUUCACACACUCCAUCUGGUAUUUGAAAAAGCAUAUGCUUGAGGCUCUGAACGAGUCUCAUGCGUUCGAAAUUACUAUUGCUGACAUCGACUUUGUAAUAACAGUUCCAGCAAUAUGGGACGAUACAGCCAAGAUGUUCAUGAGGGAAGCCGCUAUAAAAGCUGGUAUACCUGGAAACCAACUGCUCUUUGCUUUAGAGCCGGAAGCAGCUUCAAUAUAUUGCCAACUGAUGUAUCUGGAACCCCAAAACGAAUCCAGCUUCCGGGUUACCGAAAAGGACUCAGAAUCAAAAUAUAUGGUUGUUGACCUUGGAGGUGGUACAGCAGACAUUACUUUACAUCAGCUUCAAAGGAAUGGCACAAUAGUAGAAUUAAACCCCGCGUCCGGGGGACUGUGGGGCGGAACAUGCAUUGAUAAAGCUUUCGAAACUUUUCUCCAAAAUUUGUUUGGGAGAGAAACCAUGGAAACGUUCCAAACGGACCCUGAGUAUGCCGAAGAUUUCUUCGACUUUUGGCAAGGAUUCGAGGUCAAGAAAAGAGCUUUUGAUUUUGAAAAAGACACAGAAAAUAUCAAUAUAAGGAUUCCAAUGGGACUUACAGAUAUUGCAAAAAAGAUUAAAAAGGAGCAAAAUGUUGAUAAGAUUAUCGAAAUGUCUAAAUUAAAAGGAAAAGGAGUCAAAUUUGAUCAAGGAAAAUUGCACGUACCAGCUAAGAUAAUAAAAAGUAUUUUUCAAUCAACUGCCGACAAAAUCGUCAGUCACUUACGGGAACUGGUGGAAGAAGUUGGUCAAGAUUUGAAAGUGAUUUUAAUGGUGGGCGGAUUUUCGGAAUGUGGCCUCAUUCAAAAUUGUGUGCGGGAAACCUUUGAAUUAAAGGGAAAACGACGUGUCAUUGUACCAAAUCAAUGUGGGCUGGCAGUUCUGAAAGGUGCAGUUUAUUUCGGGCAUCAUCCAGAAAUAAUAUCCGAGCGAGUCGCUAGAUACACUUAUGGAGUUCAAACCUGGUCAAAGUUCAAUAGAAUGCAACAUAAAGAGCACAAACGGGUUGUCAUAAAUUCUGAAGAUCGAUGCAGAGAUGUAUUUUUUAAGUUUGUCACUAAAGGUGACCGACUAACUGCUGGGUACAAAAAAGAAUAUUUAUUUCAAGCCUUGGAACCGAGUGCAGGCUCGCUUGAUUGUGGAAUAUACAUUUCUAAUAAUCGAAAUCCAAACUAUGUAGAUGAUGAUGAUUGCCAAAAGCUUGGCAUUUUGGAGAUUUGUGGGGUUGAAGAUGGUGCGCAUAUUGAGGAAUCUCUUGUUUUCGGACAUACGGAGCUGCAAGCAAGGGCGCGUAACUGCGAAACAAACAAGGAAUACAGUGUAACAUUUGAUAUGCUGUCAGAGAAAAUCAAAUAUCCUAAACAAAAGUCUUGGGAAAAAAUAUAAUUACAAUUACUAUACACUAACUGUACUAAGUGUAAUGCUGAUUGUUUAAUUCAUAUCCCUCUAGUCAGCAGUUGUGGCGCCUCUUAAAGCCCGGAUGUGUAGAAAGUUAGGUAAAUAUCAAGGACGUACACACGUAGGGGGAGGGACAACUGGGUAUGCCCCCCCCCCCCCCCCCCGCCCACCCCACCCUCGAUGUUUGUGCCUACCGCACUUUCGAAUAAUAUCACUCAUGUAAUUAUCAUUAGAGUUGAACUAAACUUAAUUAAGUCCCGUUUUCUUAUCCUUGAUAGUUGCUUUUCUUGAAUUUUCCCCUCCAUCUUAUUUAUUUCUUAUUCCGCACUUAGGUUUCAGAUUAGGUUUUCCUUUCAAUAGACUUUUCAAUGUAUCCAGAUCGUCCUUCCCAUGACGAAAAAUUCCCCCUCACCAGACUCUAUUUUUGUAUUUAAGAAAAAGAAAAGUUAAUGAAAUAUAAAUUGAAAAUCGUUUACUUGCACCUGCAUAUUGUCAAAAUAAUGAAAUAAUUAAUUACCUGAUCGUGUUGCCGGUUAAGUAUUACAGUCAAAAUAGUACAUGUAUAUAACAUAAUAAGGACUAGACAACAGGCAACGCCUAUAUAAGCCUUCUCCUUAAGUCAAAAUAGUAUAUAAGUCAUUUUAAAUGUUUCAUUCUCUGAAAAUUACACGAAAGGAUCAACUCAUGGUAACAAAAGAAAAGAUCUAUAGGGGAGAAGAAUUUUCCGAGAAAGUCACAUUGUUUAUCAACUUUCUUUUUCUUUUGUUUGAAGUCCUUCAAGACAGGACAGUCCCUAAAUGAAAUUAUGAUAUUUUGAUAGCGUGUAAUCUUAAAAACAAUUUACAGAAGAAUUUUUAAGGACAUCCUUGUCCUGGGGUUAAAAUUCACAAAAAACAAGAAAUGUUUUGAAACAUAUACAUGUAUGCCCCCGUGAGGCAAUAUUGAAAAAGAUCCACUUUACAUUUUGGAAUGUCUUAAGAGAUAGAGAAAUAUAUAGGUUAUCUACUAGUCAGGGGCAACAAUAAUAAGUUUGAUCUCUCAAACACUGUUCGUUAUCUUCAUCUUUCAUACUGAUAAGAUAUUUUCAAUAACCAAUCAUUUGAGUCAUAACCUUUGACCUUGUGACUUGAAAGCCAUCUGCUAUUUAGGGGACAGCAGUGUACCAAGUUUCAUGUAUGUCAAGCAAAGUGUUUGUUGAUAUUGAGCGGCCUGAAUCUUACUAUGUCCAGUUUUACCUUGUGUCCAGAAAGUCAAUAGGGGUCACCUACGUUCUAGGGGCAGCCAUUGUACCAUGUUUGGUAACUGUCAAGUCUUUAUUAAAAUAUAUGUAAUAAACUAUGUAAUUUACUGAUUUUUCCUUUCAAAUCGGAACUUCCUAUUUCUCUGUUACUGUUAAUUACAAAUAAUUGUUUCUAGACAAACAAAUGUUUAUGAACUUCAGAUGAAGGAGCUUUCAGAUUUACUGUCCCCGGUUUGCUCGACAAACCACUGCCUACUUUUCAUACUACUUAGAAUGAAAUUGUGAUACAUUUUCACCCUCUCUGGACAGACAAAUAUCUCUUCUUCUGCCUUAAAAUCAAAAGCUUUAUGUUCUCCUUCAAAUAUACUGUCUUUUCUCGAUUCCUAAAAAUAGCUUCUUAAACAAAACGAAUAAAGCUUUCGAAAAGUAUCGUACUUUUUCAUUAGAUUUAAUAUACAAUCCCGAUAGUUUCCGAAGCUACACGAUAAACAAUUUUCACGAUAAACCGAAAACCUGAUAAACGCAAAACACGAUGCGAUAGGAUACACGCACGAUAACGAUAGGAUACACGCACGAUAGAACACGAUAGGAAUAUCAAAAAUAACGUUGCGGGUACAUUGCAACAAUUUUUGGCCCAGUCAUGAGCGCUUCGCUCGCUCCUGUGACCUUGCACACGUAUUCAAAUGAAGAAAAUAUUACUAUCUGCAUUUGUAUAAUAUAGUUCUGGUUUUAUGUAAUUGCAAUACUAUUAUAAAUAUUCAUUUAUAACAGUUACAUGUAAGUCAUACAAUAAAUAUGAAUAUGUAAAAAUUGAUGAAAAGCAAUAAAAGUCUUAUUUGAACAAGA